CUCAUUCUCAUCACUCAUCGAUAUCAACUCGAAAUGGUGUUCGGUGUGACCUUGCCCAUCCUCGCUGCUGGGUCCUACAUCCUUGGCUCAGCCACGACGGCAGAUGCACUUGUCAUCAAACGGGACGUCUGGGCAUCUCCGGGUGCUUUGGGGUUCAUCUACCCACCCCCUCGAGACUACAAUGCUAGCGUCGCAACGACACGACCUUGUGGUGCAGCAUUUGUCAGUUCAACGAGACAAUACAUCCCCUUGAAUGGGGGCAAUAUUUGGCUUCUCUCGCAAACUAAGGUGGAAAACAUCCAACUCAAUUACGCCGAUAACGAAAACCCUACGGCGCAGGCGGACUUUACGACCCUCGGAAUGGCCAUGACCGGCCUGACCGCUGGUGACAUGUGUGUGCCUUUGCCUGAUUUCGAUGGCAUGGGUCUGACUUUUGGUGACAAGCUCACAAUCCAGAUUGCUUAUGCUGUAGAUGGCAGCGCUUCAAACAAGCAAUACCAAUGUGCCGACAUCGAACUGGUUUCAGCUCAUACCUACGAAGCUCCCGCCUACACUUGUACGAAUACGAGUACCAUCUGGAGCGAUUCCGACUCAUCUACCACAUCUGGAGCAUCGACAGUGACAGUCACCGCGAGCUCGUCAGGCAAAGUCAGUCCGUUGGCAGCCGGUUGGAUUGGUGCUUGUGUGACUCUUGCGGUCGCCGCACUGGCUUUCGGUGCUGCGUAUUACGUCGGGCUGGUACUCUUUGGGCGCCGAAAUAGGACAGCAAAGGCGAGGGCCAGUGCUGGCAACCAUAUCGAAUUCCGAGGUCACCAGUCAAACGACGACAUCUCCCUUCAGAGUCGCAACACUAUUGAUAAGCGACCGCUCUAG